GAGAGGUGAGGGACGCUAGGAGCCCGAAAGUCUGAACUGGGUGCCGCCCACAGGGAGUUCUGAAGGCCAGGACUGUGAGGGUCGCUCGGGUUGAAAGAGUGGUUGAAACCACGCGGGCGUGAGUCAGUACGGCCCCAGAGGCCCUCCGCCCCUCGAGGGUGGGGAAUAUAUGGGGGAGGGAGUAGAGUAGGGCAGGAGAAACUGGGCCAGGCCGCACUUAACUCAAGGAGCCUCGAGGACACUCCGCGUCUCUGUAGACAAGGGCUCUACAUGCACUCCAGAAUAAAGAGUUGUAAGACGGCGACCAGGGGCGGCCGGGCGGUCUGACAGUCAGGCGGAGGAUGGGGGUCCGCCCGGGCUGGCUUCAGCCCUUCAGGCCAUCUGGCCACUCAGCCUGCGUACUAAAAUGCGGACACCUUUCCCGAGCGCGUUCUCCCCCCUCCCUUCCCCACUUCUCCCCUGCUUCCGCCCGUUGCCUCCUCCCUCCAGAGAAGGAAAACUUCGCGUUCCGCCGCGAAGCUAGACCCCUGGAUUGGAAAAUAGGGGAGAAUCAGGAUAGGGACAUCGGAUCCUUGGGUCGUUGGGUGCAGCGGGGCCUGGGGAGGCUGCCUCUCCAUUUCCAGGAGGAUCCUGGGCCUAAGGACAGAUCCCCAGAGCGCCGAGUUGGAGGCGGAGCUUCCGGAGUGCUUUGGCGGGAGCAUGCUAGGGCUCCGGUGGCCGCGGCUUCCGCCGGCGGGGGUCCUGUUCCUGUUGCCGCUUCUGCCACUGCUGCUGCUGCCGGGGACCCCGGCGCUCCACCUCGCUACCUACACCUACAAGCCGGUCAUCGUGGUGCACGGGCUCUUCGACAGCUCGUACAGCUUCCGCCACCUACUGGAAUACAUCAACCAGACACACCCCGGGACUGUGGUGACAGUGCUUGAUCUCUUUGAUGGAAGAGAGAGCUUGCGGCCCCUGUGGGAACAGGUGCAGGGGUUCCGAGAGGCUGUGGCCCCCAUCAUGGCGAAGGCCCCUGAAGGAGUACAUCUCAUCUGCUACUCACAGGGUGGCCUUGUGUGCCGGGCACUGCUCUCUGUCAUGGAUGAUCACAAUGUGGACUCUUUCAUCUCCCUCUCCUCUCCACAGAUGGGACAGUAUGGAGACACAGACUAUUUGAAGUGGCUGUUCCCCACCUCCAUGCGGUCUAACCUUUACCGGAUCUGCUAUAGCCCCUGGGGCCAGGAAUUCUCCAUCUGCAACUAUUGGCAUGACCCUCACCAUGAUGACUUGUACCUCAACGCCAGCAGCUUCCUGGCCCUGAUCAAUGGGGAAAGAGACCAUCCCAAUGCCACUGCAUGGCGGAAGAACUUUCUUCGUGUGGGUCACCUGGUGCUGAUUGGAGGCCCUGAUGAUGGUGUUAUUACCCCGUGGCAGUCCAGCUUCUUUGGUUUCUACGAUGCAAAUGAGACGGUCUUAGAGAUGGAGGAACAACUGACGCUGAUGGUUCCGCUCCGCUACAAUGAGUCCUACAGCCAACCCACAUACAAACCCUACCUGACCCUGUGCACCGGGCGGCGUGUCUGCAGCACCUACAGGACUGUGUACCACGUAGCGUGGAGGGAAGUGAGGAGGGAGGUGCAGCAGACCCACACCGUGUGCUGCCAGGGCUGGAAGAAGCGGCACCCAGGGGCACUCACCUGUGAAGCCAUAUGCACCAAACCCUGCCAGAAUGGAGGCAUCUGUGUGCAGCCGGAUCAGUGCGAGUGUGCCCCUGGCUGGGGGGGGAAGCACUGUCACGUGGAUGUGGAUGAAUGCAGGACCAGCGUCACUCUUUGCUCACACCACUGCCUCAACACAGUGGGCAGCUUCACCUGCAGCUGCCCCCAUGGCCUGGGGCUGGGCCCAGAUGGGCACACCUGUGCGAAGGGCUCUCAGGAGCCCCCAACCAGUACCAGCAUCCUCAGCGUGGCCAUUCGUGAGGUGGAACAUGAUGAGCAUACCUUAAGGCAGGAGAUUAGGGAGCUUCGAGGGCGCCUGGAGCAGCUGGAGCAGGUGAGCAGAGGUGCCCGGGGCCCUUGGGACACAAUGGCCCAGCCCCAACCUCCUGAGGUAUCUCUUUCUUGGCAGUGGGCAGGCCAGGCCGGGGCCUGGGUCAGAGCUGUGCUGCCUGUGCCGCCUGAAGAGCUACAGCCUCAACAGGUGGCUGAGCUGUGGGGCCGGGGCGACAGGAUCGACUCUCUCAGUGACCAGGUGCUGCUGCUGGAGGAGAAGCUAGGCACCUGUGAGUCCUCCCCCACUUCUUCCCCACCAGGGACCUUAGAGACUCCCCCCCAUCUCCGGCUUCCUCUUUUCCCAGAAUCCCUCCCCAACACUCUCUCCCCACACCUUCCUGGAUACAUCUGCUUCACCACCCCUCUCUUCCUGGGAGUCUGGCCUAAGCCCAGUGGUUCUGGCUAAUUGUUGGGUGACAGUGUCAGUCUCUCCAGCACCACUGCCCCACUCCGGACUGGCGGCAGCCCCCACAGGCCACAGCCAAUGUUUUGUUUCUAUCUCCUUGUCAUUAACCAGGCUCCUGUGAGGACAACAGCCUGGGCCCUGGCCUCAACCGCUGAUAAGGAACCUCUGCAGCAGCCCCGCCCCCUAAUUUAUACAGAAACUGAACCCCUCAAUAUUCUGUGGUUAGCUCGCUGGGGAGCUGUAGAUAAUGCUGUCUGGUCACCUAGGAGCAAAGAAAAGUGCGGCAAG